AUGAGAAUUUUUAGUAAAAUAAUUAUAGUAAUUAUUAGUUUAAUGAAUAUAAUAGAAUCAUCAUCAGAUGAUGAAUCUAUUUGUAUUCUUAAUCAUUCGUCGGAUGUCUUUAAUGAUGAUUUAAAGAAGCUUUUAGAAAAUACUCAAAAUUUAUUAGAAGAAAAUCAGAGUUUAUUGGUUGUUUUAAAUAAUUUGGUGAGCACUAUUAAAAAUAAUUUAGAGAGUUCGAAAAACAUCUUAAGUAGUAUUUAUAAAAAAACCAAUGAAAUAAAAUCUCAAUUGAGUCUUUUUAUACGUAAAAUUGGAAAUAACAACAAUAAAUUACUAGAGGGAGUUAAAGAGUUAUUUAAUAGCUUGAAAAAUAAUUCAAAUAAUAAUCUAAAAAUGAAAAUAGAUCCAAAUGAAAAUCAUUUAACAACUAUAACAAAUUCUUUAAAUACUAUAAAUCAAAAAUAUAAUUCCUUUAAAAGUUCUUUAUCAAAUAUUAAAGAUCUAACAAAAGAAAUACUAGAAAAAAUUGAAAAAGAACUAGAUAUAGAUAUAAAUACCCUUAAUUGUCUUAAAAUUCCUAUAAGAUUUAAAGAAAAAGAAAUUAAAGGUAUUGAAAGUAAAUGUAAAGAAAAAUAUGAUAAGUUGGUAGAGAUUGAAAAUAAGCUGAAAGAUAAUGAAGAUUUUCAAAAUGAAAUGCAAAGGAUUAACUCAGAAUGUGAGGAAAGUGAUUUAGAAUCUGGUACAUUUAUUUUAACUGAUAUAAAAACUCUUUUUAAUACUUCUCAAAUUGAAGAUAACAAUCAAAAUGAAUCAGAAACCCAAAUAAUUAAUCAUAGAAACAAUCAAAAUGUAGAAACAGAAUCUUCAAAUUUAACUAUGCAAUUUCUUAGUUUUAAGAUUGUUUUAAUUUUUAUUGGAACAAUUUUAAUUUUAUUAACAAUUGGUUUUGGUCUUAAAUUUGCCUAUCAAAGAAAAAUUUUAUUUAAAAAAUAA